GAAGGAGACGAAUGUAACGCGGAAGAACCGGAAAAAGAGACAGGAGUUUGUGUCGGACAGCUGUCAAUCAAACAGUCUUUCCUAUCGUGUCCAAGAUGUCGAAGAAUACAGUUUCCGACCGGUUUAGAAAAGUAGACGUUGAUGAGUACGACGAGAAUAAGUUUGUGGACGAGGACGACGGAGGAGAGAACCAGGCUGGUCCGGACGACGCAGAAGUCGACGCUCUGCUCCGACAGGGGAACAUGAAUGCAGCUCUCCAGGCCGUGCUAAAGAAUCCUCCAAUCAACACCAAGAACCAGAGUGCAAAGGAGAGAGCCGAGCUGCUGGUGGUCAAAGUGCUGAGCAGCUUUAAGAGCAGUGACAUAGAGAAGGCCGUGGGCUCUCUGGACCAGGCUGCCGUGGACCUGCUGAUGAAAUACAUCUACCGAGGCUUUGAGAGCCCCAAUGACAACAGCAGCGCUGUGUUGCUGCAGUGGCACGAAAAGACCUCAGUUUGGGAUUCUCUGUUCACCGUGGAGGCAUGAGGAAAAACCAAAGGUUUUCUUAAUGAAUUCAAGGCGCUGGCAGUGGGAGGAGUUGGCUCUAUAGUCAGAGUCCUGACUGCCAGGAAGACCAUCUGAUCCUUCCAGAAUCCACAGAGUCCAUCUGCAACACAAGAUCACCAGACCUGAGUACGACGUUCUGUUUUUGAACACGAUUCACAUUUAUUUUACAGACUGUCUGUCUUGUUUUUCUGCAUUCACUGUUUCAAACACACCUCUGGAGUUUGUGUGUGCUGGAAGUCCAGCAGGGAGGUGCUGGCACCUCACAUGUCUGUGUCGGCCAUUGCAGAGAAAAGACACAUUUGACACGGUUUGUUCUUGGAUGGACCAUCAUAGACUGGUGACCUGUCCAGGAUGUUUCCCUGCCUUUUGCCCAGUGCAUGCUGGGAUUGUAGUUAUUUUAUUUUCCCAUAUCAUUCUAACUUUGUAACGUUUUUGUUUGUCGACUAUUGUUUUCUACUUGCACCACAUUGUUGUGUGGAGCCUGGCUAUUGUCUUUUUUUAAGUAAGAAACAAAAUAAAGUUAUAAACGUGAA